AUGUCCAAUGAUAUCAGAGAGCAAUUAAUACAGUUUAUUAAAAAUAGUCCAUACUAUGCCUUGCAGUUGGAUGAGUCUACCGAUAUUGCUGGACAGGCACAGCUUCUUACAUAUGUCAGGUAUGUCAGGGAUAAAUUAAUUGAGGAGGAUGUCCUUUUUUGCCGCCCUCUUCAGUCACACACAACUGGAGAGGCCAUCUUCAAUGUCCUUGAUUCAUUUAUUCGCGAGAAUGGGUUGGCGUGGGACCGAUGCGUUGGCUUGUGCACGGAUGGCGCACGAGCAAUGACGGGCCGUGAGCAAGGUCUAGCUGCUCGCGUUAAGCAGGUAGCUCCACUUGUAAAAUGGACCCAUUGCAUGGUUCAUCGCGAAGCACUCGCUGCAAAAAAAAUGCCGUCUCUGUUGGAAUCCGUGCUGAACCAAUCAGUAAAAAUGAUCAACCUCAUCAAGUCACGGCCGCUAAACUCUCGCUUGUUUGAGGUCCUCUGUCAGGAGAUGGGGUCAGAGCACGAACAGCUGCUUCUGCACACUGAGGUUCGCUGGCUGUCCAGGGGGCGGGUGUUACAACGUUUGUAUGAGCUGCGAGAUGAGGUGAAGCGGUUUUUGACACAAAUCAAUUCAGACCUGGCGAAAAAUCUGGAUGACCCUUUGUGGCUGGCGUGUCUCUCCUAUUUGGUCGAUAUAUUUGACCGCUUGAAUGGCUUGAACCUGUCUUUGCAAGGCCGAGAAACUCACAUUUUGCUUCUCGCAGAGAAAGUGGAUGCCUUCAAGCAAAAACUUGACCUCUGGUGUGGCCGCAUCAGGCACAACAUGGAUGCAGGAGGUCAUUCCUCUGAUCUGCAGUGA